AUGAGUGUGGACGGCGUUGAAAUAGAAGAAUCAGACUGGUUCUUGCCGAUAGUGCUAAUCUCAGUUACCAGUUUUAUUGCGCUUUACAUGCUCAGACGCUUCUUGAAGGGUGGCCAGUUCACCGAACGAAUCUCCGCUAAGAAUAUGGUAGCCGUUGUCACCGGAGCGAAUUGUGGAAUCGGGUUCGAGACUGUCAGAGAGCUCAAUUUAAGAAAAGCUGAUGUGUACAUGUUGUGCCGUAAUGAAGAGAAGGCGAACGAGGCGAAGAGAAAACUUGUGAGAAUGGGAUGCGACGCGACACGUCUUCACUUCAUUGAAUGCGAUUUGACAGAUUUUGAAAGCGUUCGCCGAGCUGCGAGAGAGCUUCUCGACUCAGUUGGCACCAUCGAUAUUCUCAUUAAUAACGCCGGAAUUAUGUUCCAAAACAAGCAUGAGUUGACGAAGGAUGGACACGAGAAGACAUGGCAAAGCAACCAUCUCGGACCGUUCUUGCUCACUGAGCUUCUUCUCCCGGCUAUCAAGAAGUCCACCUAUGCCCGUAUCGUCAAUGUCUCUUCGCUUAUGCAUACGAGAUCUGGAAAAAUAAAUAUUGCCACUGUCGAUGAUAAGAAAUCAUUUGGAAUGAUGAAAUCGUACAGCCAAAGCAAAUUGGCAAAUGUGAUGCAUGCAAGAGCUUUGACAAAAGAAUUGAGAAAAGAUGGAGCCGAACAUGUCACUGCUAAUUCGGUACAUCCCGGAGGUGUUGAUACUGAGCUCACGAGAAACACGAUUCUGGUUUUGCCGGUUAUCAAACAGCUCAGCGCUCCAUUCAGAUGGUUCUUCUUGAAAACCAGCCGCGACGGCGCUCAAACAUCUCUCUACGUGGCACUCAGCAAGAAACUCGGUGGAAUUAGCGGAAAAUAUUUCGCCGACUGCAAACUCGCUAAGGAGAACCCACUGGCCCUCGAUGAUCAAGCAUGCCAGGAUUUAUACAAUUAUAGUCUUGAGGUCACUGGACUCGCUAAAUAA